AUGCCAAUGUCACCCAGCAAACGAUCGUCUGUUUACGUUUCCGAAGCAUCAACACUGCUCUCACGUCGCAAUUCUGUCGUCUCUCCCGUAGGACGGUCACCCUACGAUUCUCUAUUCUCGCCUACCAGCGACCCAUCGAGACUGUUGUCUCCAGAGCCCGCCGAAUUCGUCGACCACUAUGCCAUCCUCGAAGUAGGGUCUGAGGCCACAGUAGACGAGAUUAAAGCCGCAUUCCGCCGUUUACGAGUAGCAUACUUCCAGAGCGAUGCAAAGAAGUACCGCGCAUUGACAGCUGCGAUGGAGCUGAUGGCAGACGAGGAGCUACGGGCAGAGUACGACGAGAUCUACCGCGCACGAGUCGGAGGUGCAUCAACACCCAUAACACCAUAUUCAAGCCUACCAGCUGGACUGGAGUCACCAAAACACGGGAGGAAGGACAGUGGACACAGCGCCGGCAGCUUGCAGGAGGAUGUAAAUAUAAUGCCUGUCCCAGAAGAGAUUCCAGAAGAAGAAGAAGAGGAAGAGGAGGAAGAACCACAACAGCACAUUCACGAAGACACACGAACUGACGACCCCAACUGGGCGCUCAAGCGCCACCACCGCGUAUUCGCCAAUUACGAACCCUUCUACGGCACCGAGCCUUACGAUUCCUUUGUUCCUGUUUUGACGGCCUACGAGACUUACUCGAGGCACCCGCGACUGCGAUGUAGACGACCCAGCUACCUAGGUGACGGGCUAGCUCGGAAUGCCAUGCCCUACUAA